UUUUUUGCUCCAUUCAUCGUUGUCGUCAUCUCAGCAAUGUUCAGCUGAUUUCUUGUUUCGGGAUCAAAUUUUACAGAAUAUUGUUCAUACUGGUUGCAUUUUUCGCUAGCUCUAUUCUAUAUGUUAAACAAAACCGCUCUCUGCGUUAGUUUUCCAAAAGUGAUGAAAUGAAUUUCCAAGAAGGGCUUAUCGCUGCAUUUUCCGUAGUGGCUUCCUUGAUUAUUGUUCUGGUUGUGGUUUGCUUAGGGUGGUACCUGGUGUGGAAACUGUUCCUGUCGAGAUUUAAGUUAGUACGUGAGCUUCUGGGUCUGGCGCAAUCGACCGAUUCACCAACGCACGCAGAGAACCUCUCCGGAGACGGUGGUAACAACAGUAAAACGCGCAACAGCCGCAAGGUACGAAGAGAUUGA